AGAGAGGACCUCCCUCCUCCCUCCUCGUCCACAAGUUCUUCACGGCCCUGUGAUUGGUUCUGGUUUCCUCUGCUCUUCUAGCUCUCAGAUCCCGGAGGCGACUGAAGGGGAGCCUUGUGUGUUGGAAAAGGAGAGCAAAAUAGAAAAUGGGGGCCGGGAACGUAUCAACAGAUCAGUCCAAGGAAAUACGAGAUGAGACCACGCCACUUCUUCCAGUCAAGGCGGAGGAGGAGGGGUUCCAUGAGUUCAACGGAGCAUCGUUCUCCGGAGCGGUUUUCAAUCUCUCGACCACCAUCGUCGGUGCUGGAAUCAUGGCCUUGCCAGCCAGCAUCAAGAUGCUGGGCCUCAUCCCUGGCCUCCUGAUGAUCGUCUUUGUGGCAUUGCUCACUGAGGCAUCCAUUGACAUGCUUGUCAGGUGCAGCCACCAAGGGAAGAUAACGUCGUACGGGUGGCUGAUGGGUGAGGCGUACGGGCAAUGGGGGAGGAUUGCGCUGCAGGCCUCUGUGGUUAUAAACAACAUCGGUGUGAUGAUUGUUUACAUGAUUAUCAUUGGUGAUGUAUUAUCUGGAACAACGUCAGACGGUAUUCAUCAUCGUGGCUUAUUGGAGGGCUGGUUUGGAUCUCAUCUGUGGAAUUCUCGUGCUGUUGUUCUUCUUGUGACAACUCUUCUUGUCUUUGCUCCAUUGGUGAGCUUUAAGCGUCUGGAUUCAUUGAGCUACACAUCUGCCCUAUCAGUUGCUCUAGCUGUGAUAUUUGUUGUCAUUACUGCCGGGAUUGCCAUAAUCAAACUCAUUGAUGGAACUGUAGCGAUGCCCAAGCUUUUCCCAGAGAUAGAUGAUCUUAGUUCUAUCUGGAAGCUUUUUACGGCUGUCCCUGUUCUUGUCACUGCAUACAUCUGCCACUAUAAUGUUCACAGCAUUGACAAUGAGAUUGAAGAUAGAACACAAACUCAACCGAUCGUGCGAACAUCACUGGCUCUUUGCUCCAGUGUUUACAUUGCCACAAGUUUCUUUGCGUAUCUUCUCUUUGGAGAUGGUACACUGGAUGAUGUGCUGGCCAACUUUGAUUCAGACCUUGGCAUUCCGUUCAGCUCUGUCUUUAAUGAUGUAGUCAGAGUGAGCUAUGCUGCUCACGUCAUGCUUGUCUUUCCCAUCGUCUUCUUUGCCCUUAGGCUCAACUUGGAUGGACUACUCUUUCCCACGUCGAGGCACAUUUCUCAUGACAAUAAGAGAUUUGCAAUAAUCACCAUCUCACUCCUCGUGGUUAUUUAUACUGCUGCCAUAUUCAUACCAAGUAUUUGGGACGCUUUCCAGUUUACUGGUGCCACAGCUGCUGUCUUGAUUGGUUUCAUAUUUCCCGCCAUGGUCAUACUAAGGGAUCCUUAUGGAAUCGCAACCAAGCGUGACAAGAUCUUGGCUGUAACCAUGAUCGUGCUUGCUGUUCUGUCAAACUCUGUUGCCUUAUACAGUGACGCAAUGAACAUCUUCCGUAAGAAAGAGGUGGCCUGAACUUCAGACUUCGAAGUUCAAAGGAAUGGUGGCACUGGUGGAGGAAGUGAAGUUUCAUAUGACAAAAUUCAGCUGGUUUGAAGGAAGAUGGUUUGCUGGGAUGCUGGGAAGGAAGUGAUUUCUUUGAGAGCAACUUGGCAUUGUGACUGGUAACAUGAAAGAAUUGGACCAUCGAAAUUGCCGGGUUUUCUGUACAUACACUGGCUCAAUGUCAAAUUGAGCCAGAAUUGAGCCACUCCAAAUAUAUGUAUCUUCUGUGUGUUCUUUUAUCACGACAGAAAAGAAAGCAGCUUCAGAAGCUUGCUCUACAAUAAUUUAUAGUGUUGCUUGUGUUUGAGUUGAGCUAAAGAUGUUCCAUCUGUAUCUGAAUUCUAGUAUACAAUUAAAAAUAAUAAAGUGGCCAUGGUUGCCAUCCUUCA